UUUCUGCGGGGAAGUUUUCACCUUUGGAGACCAUACAUUGGCAUGAGUUACCAAGAUUCUCUGAUUGUCGUGUCCCCGUUUAUAAUUUGGUGUGAUUUGAGUAUCUUUGUGCUUCAUUGAUGGGAACUGAGUGAGAAAUUAAGACAAUUUUGAAGCAACCUACAUGCAAAUAGGGGGGUGAGUUGAGCUUUCAUGGCAACGAGAGCUCAUGCAAGGUCGCGAGAUUUUUCGCGGCAAUUCUGGCCCGUGCUGCGCCAUGCCUUAAGCGAGUGCUGCCUGAUCAUAAUGCUCUUCGUGACCGCCCUUGUGUCUUACUCAGCGACAAGGUUAGCACGCAUCUGCAGGCUCCGCUCACCAUGUAUCCUGUGCUCAAGAUUGGAUCGGCUUCUACAUGGCAAGGCCUGGUUUUCUGAAGAACUGGUUUGUGCUGCACACAGGCUGGAAAUCUCGCGUUUGUCAUAUUGCCAGAGUCACAGCAAGCUUGCAAACUCUGAUGAUCUAUGUGAAAGGUGCCUCCGUUCUUGCACUGCGUCGGUUGGUAAACCUGGUAACCUGACAAACAUGAGCGUUAAGGAGAAGGUGAACUCUCGGCCGAGAUCUAGGCACACGCAGCUGUGUUCUUGCUGUUCGGUGCCGCUCAAGAAGACACGUAAUGCACCCAGAUUAUCUGAGGUUGCAGAAGGCAGAUUUCCAGAUGAUGAUAUGACCAAAGUAAAAGCCAUGUCAAGUGUUGUGCAUUCUUCAGAUGACGUCUAUGAUCACUUGCCAUAUGAAGGUUACAGAAAGCUAAAGGUCCGCCGCGAUUCUGAAUCUGAGAUUCACAUCUUAGAUGGUGAUGAUGAUGGCAAUGCAAUACCUCAUGAAGCUAGAGAACGAGCCAAGGACAUCUUAAGUCAUGAUGUUCAGCUGCAACCAAUGAUCUCCAGCGCCAACGGCUUGUCAAUGCUUCCUUCUGAUGAUACUGUUAAAACAAAGCGCAUGAAACCACUGAAUACUGCGAGAGAUAUUGAGAGUCAGUCUAGUGGCACCAAGGUUGGCAAUGUUUCAAAAUCUUCGGAUCGUGCUAUUGGGCAUGGUUUGGAUGAAAUCAACUGGUGUCAAGUCAAUGCAAGUGACAACAAUAUAGACACGCAGUCAAAGGCUAUGCCUGAACAAGUUUGUUCAGAGCUUCCAAAAGAGAAAACUUUUCUUGUUGGUACUGAGGAAGUCGCCGAUUCUUGUGAGGGUGUUUCAGGAAGCCCUGAUGAGGAAGCUACGAAGGGUUUUGCUGCUUCCGCAAAUGCUGGAACAAGCUCAAGUCCAGGCGCUCAUGUCAACCGCAACAACAGCAUGAAAAAUUCUUCUGGCAGUAGAGUCUACCUUAAAUCUCGUUUAUCCGAAAUAAUCUCAGCUAGGGACACCAAUUCAAAAACUGAUGAAGAAGUGAAGACAUUUCUGUCACAAUUGUCUUCUGCACGAGGCUUUGAUGGCCCUUGGAGUGAGACGGCUACUACCCCCAGAAUCAGCACACAGAUUGAUGAGUACAGACAAUAUGAUGCUACUGGUAUGGCACCAUUUCUCGAGAGUAACAACUCAAAUCUGGAGCCAUUUGAUGCCAAUGCCACGAGUGAGGAUGAAGGUGAAAGUUCUCUUGAGCGCUUGAAGCAGCAGGCUGAGCUUAACAGGAAAAAGAUGAGUAUGCUUUAUAAGGAGCUCGAAGCUGAACGAAGUGCUUCAGCGGUGGCAGCAAGCGAAGCGAUGGCUAUGAUCAAUAGGUUGCAAGAGGAAAAGGCUGCAAUGCACAUGGAAGCACUGCAGUAUCUCCGGAUGAUGGAAGAGCAGGCUGAUCAUGACCAGGAAGCAAUUGAAAAGUUAAAUGACUUGCUUACAGAAAGGGAGAAGGAAAUGCUUGACCUGGAAUCUGAACUUGAGAGUUAUCGGAGAAGGCUUCCCGAUGUACCAUUUGGUGCUACUGAUGGAGCUAUGGCAUUUGGAGUCUUGGAUGAGUCAGACUUCAUGAGCAGUACCAUGUUUGAUUUUGAAGAUGAAAAGGCAAAGAUUUUGGAUUCCUUACGCAGAUUGGAGGAUACACUCGCCAUGUCCUCCACAGAUAGACUUGAUUUAGGUGGUGCAAAUGAUACUCUACAGAAUGGGCCAUUGAAAGAUCGCCCAAUGGGUGGUGGCCAAUAUAUAGAUAACUCAGAGUUGGGGACUUCACUAUUGCCUCGGGAAGACUUCAAUGGUGAAUCAGUUUCUUCUCAACAAAAUGAUGAAAAUCAAUCUAUUGGGAACCAAAAAAUGUUUGCUUCAUUUUCCCACUUAGAUGAUGUACAAAUUCAUUCUAUGACAAGCGUUGAACAUGAAGUUUCUCUCCUGAAUACUAGAUUCAAGGCACUUGAAGCAGAUCAGAAUUUUCUCAGGCAAAUACUGAGUUCUCUUAAUUGUAGCGGUGAUGGAGUACAAUGUGUUCAGGAGAUAACUAGCCAUUUGCGAGAGCUGCGAAGAAUCAUGGCUGAACAAAGAGACAUGGCAGUUUUAUGA